AUGGGCACGGGGGACGCGCUACGGGAGAUGGACACCCUAGGCCUGGUCCGCUCCAACCCCUUCGUCCUCAUCAGUGGCGACGUGGUCGCGACCGUGGACUUGGCGGGCGUGGUGGCCGCGCACAAGCGGCGUAGGGCUGAGAACAGCCUCUCCAUCUGCACCGUGGUGCUGUCUAAGGUGGGGUACGACGCGGCCGUGCACGCUCGGCGGGAGGACCUGGCCGUGGGACUGGACGCUGAGACCGCUCAGCUUGUGCUGUACCAGGACGACGAGGGCGAGGAGAGCGGGGUGGACGUGGAGCUGGACCUCUUCAAAGAGGAAGGACAUCCGGAGAUCGUGCUCCGGAGCGACCUGAUGGACUGCCAUAUCUACGUCUGCUCGCCCGAGGUCCUGGUCGCCUUCUCGGACAACUGGGACUAUCAGGACAUGGGCCGCUUUCUCCGCCACGAGGUGGAGAGCCGAGAGAUGGGUAAUAAGGUCUACUCACACGUGACGCUCCCGCACGAGUAUGCGGCGCGAGUGCACGACCCCCACGUCUACCACGCUGUCUCCAAGGACCUCCUCCACCGGUGGUUGUACCCGAGCGUGCCUGAGACCAACCGCUUCCAUGCCGGCGAGCCCACCUCCUAUCAGUACCACAAGCGCUGGCUUUAUCGUGAGGAGGAAGACGCUGGUGGGGCGAGCGUGCAUGUCUCUCGUUUUGCCACGGUCAGUGAAAGCGUCAUGCUCGGGCGAGGCACCAGCAUUGGGGCGGGCUCGGUGCUCUCUCAGAGCGUCUUAGGCCGGCGUGUCAAGGUAGGGUCCGGCGUGCACAUCUCGGACUCACAUCUCUGGCAGGACGUGGUGGUGGAGGACGGCGCAGUCGUGGAGAGCAGCAUAUUGAGCGACGGCGUGGUGGUGAGGGCGGGCGCACGCGUGGGACGGGGCUCGCUGCUGUCCUACGGGGUAGUGGUGGGCAAGGGAGUGGAGUUGCCGCCAUUCUCGCGUCUCACAGCGACGCCUGUGAGCUCCUGGGAGGAAGAAGGUGGCGUAGAGAGGGACGGUGUGAUGGGCACGGCUUUAUCGGUCUUGGCCUCCCCCAUCAAGCGGAUAGAGAGUCGAGACGGACCAGAAGGCCUGUCAACCGAGAGGGGAGGGGAGUCGGACAAUGUCACCGACACCGGUUGUGUCGGUGUUGAUGGGAUUGGGCAUCCUUGGAAUCCCUGCUUCGAUGGCGAGAGAGUCUCAAUGCUGGAUGUCCGCGCGCAGAGCAUCGGGGCCAUUGAGGCGGACGAGGAUCGCCGGCGGCGGUGGGAAGUCCUGGACGAAGAGGAAGAGGAGGAGGAAGGCAUCUAUAUAGAUGAAGACGGGGGGAGACGAGGUCCGGAGUCUGACCUGACGGAUUUCUCCUCGGCACUGGCCAGGAGCAUGGCAGGAGUAGAUUCUGAGCGAGGGACUGCCGGCGCUGUGUAUGGGAUUCGGCUGGAAGGAUCUGCCGGAGAAGCAGAUACGAAUUGUACGUCUGAUGACGACUUUGCAGAGGUGGUGCGGGACAUGAUUAUAUCCGGCUUUGCCUCGCGACACGCGAUCUCCAACCUAUUGCUGGAGAUCAAAUCUUUUAAAUUUGCCCAGAACCGUUCCUAUGCAGCCGUGAUGCGUGCUGUGGUUCCUGCCUUGCUAGACCUGGCCUUGGACCCUGACGCCGGGAGCAGAAUCAUGCUCGGGGGCGCGUGUCAGGAGUCGACACGGAUCCCUCAGGAGCCCGGGAUUCAAAUUUAG